CUUAAGAAACAAAAAUAUUUUAAUUUCCCUCUCUGCUCGGAGAGAUCUCUCUUUUUGUCUGCGGAGGAUCAUUCAUCUUCACCGGUGUCGGGAAAUGGGAGACGAUUCAUAUUCUAGGAAUUUCGAAAUGGCGAUUUCAUGGGGAGACGAUGUGAUCAAUGUUUUGGAUGAUAGGAAAGGAUUAGGCGUGCUCGUUGAAACCCUCGAGCAGCUCAGAUCUAUCCACUUAUCCUGCGACGAAGAUUCCAGUGAGAUACAAGAGUCUCUCCAAGAUUUGCAGAAAAAACUCGAUUCUUGCAAGGAGAAGACUUACGAGGCAAAUUCAGAUAUUGCGGACGGAGAAGAAAUUGAGCGUCUUCAGAAAGAGCUUGAUGAGGAGCUACAACUGGAGUGCAAGCUCAAUGAUGAACUUAGAUUCAUGGCUGAUGAACUCAAAGACAUGAAUUCUCAAGGGGGCUUCAUUGAAGAGCAGAGAUUAGCUAUAAAGAGGAACAAGCGGGACCAGUUGAAAAAUGAGAUAAAGCUUUCUAUGUAUGCUUCAGUCACCAGAGUUAUACCGAACAUUGAUGAUCCACUAAAGACCUCAGGCUAUUUGGUUGAUCGAGAAAGAAGGGUAAUGGAGAAGUUCGAAUUCGAUACAGACAAUAGGACUGCCUACGAGACAUGUUACGCCAUUUGGGAAAUUAUAAACAGGCAAUAGACUGUCUCUCCUCAUUGCCUCCUCCACUUUGUUAUUUUGACAUUUGUGUAUGAUAACUCUUGAUUUUGCUUGUUUUGUAACGACUUAUGUCAGUCUCUUAACAACCAAACCUCAUUUGCUUAUGAUUCUUUAGAUGUAGAAGGCUUCAUGUUUACUGUACUAUGAUCAAUAUCUGUCUUUAUCUGAUUUUAAGA